AUGACUGGAACUGAUAAAAGAAAACUCCUUGUUAUUGGAAAAUCGAAAAUUCCUAGGUGUUUUAAAGGAGUUUCAUCACUUCCUGUAUUUUAUGAAAAUAACACCAAAGCUUGGAUGACCUCAGCAAUUUUUGAAAAGACUCUUAAUUAUUGGGAUGAUGAAUUACGCCGUGAGAAAAAAAAAAUUCUACUGUUGGUGGACAAUUGUCCAGCACACCCAUCAUUGCAGCAUUUGAAAAUUAUGAAACUCGUAUUUUUGCCCCCAACACUACUGCUGUACUUCAACCGAUGGACCAGGGCGUUAUAA